UUGGCGCCGCGCAAUUCACCAAAACAAUCGGUUUGCCAUUCGCCCCGAACGCACAACUAUUGCAAUAUCACCACAGUGGACACCGCCUAAAGGGGACACGAAAGAUCGCCAUGGCGGGAUAUUAUUACUUUGACAUAAAACUCAAACUUCGAGAACCGGAUACAGUGGUUUUGACCCCAGCACUUUUUCGUAGCUGUGUUCUCAGUGCCUUGGAUAGUUUCUUCUGCGAGGAGAAGCCCACUUUGGAGAUCGUAAAGUUCUGCGCCCAGCAGCAACGCGUUGUUUUCCGAGUUCCUGAAGAACUCUUUGAGAUGACUCGUAUCUGCCUGGAACUAAUAGGCCACUACCAGGAAACGCCAUGCCAUUUCCAGGUCCUCGAAACCUCAAAAACAGCGCUAGACUUUGAGAAGGACAUUGAGAAGAGUCACGUAAAGCUGCCCGAUACCUAGGAUUAUCCAUAAAACUUUGAUUGUAAAAUAUAUAACUAACCACUAUAACCGUUACGAAAUAUUUGAAAAUUUGCCAUUCACAACGAAUUAGUGUUGCCAUCAAUAAAACAUUUAAA